AAAAGAAAGAAAGGGAGGAAAUAGAAAGUUUCCCUGACGUCAUCGCUCGAUUUUGCUCCUCGGGGUUCGCCGAGGACUCUAUGCUCGAUCGUUUUGUCCUGGUGUUGGUGACCCUAAAUGUAGAAUGGUAGUAAUAGUCUAAAUGUUGCGCGACGCGCCGAAAAUCGACAGGUCGUAUCGACAUGUAUCGACUCCAUAGAUCGUGGAGCCCCGAAAGAAGCCGAGCCGUGUUGUAAGCACAGGGGAAGGAGACACUUCCCUUCCGUCUGUUGAAGCGGCGAGUCGUCGGUGCGCGGGGAGCUGUCUUGAGUUGCGAACGAACAAAUUAUAAUUAAAUAUAGUGGAGUGGUGCCGGUGGAGACGAACCGUUGUGAGAUUGUGAUCCGGGGCCAUGUAAAUUGACUUUAGAAUUGUACACACUUGCGGAAUAUGCGAGGAAAUAUGUGAAGUCGAAAACUUUAAAAGUCAUUCCUGCUUGGAAGGAUACAAUAAUUACAUGAUUGAUGAAAAUACUUUAUAUUUUUAUCCAGUAUUAGAUGAUGGGACUACAAUUAUUAGACGCAGUGAAAUUAAUAAUCAGGAGAAAAUAGUAGCAGAACCAUUUCAACAAGUACGUACGUCAACUACAUUAAAUAAAACUAAAACAAGUAAAAGAACAUCAAAAUUUAAUUUUGACGACGAAGAAACGUUGAUACUCGAGGUACAAAACAGACCUUCACUAUGGAACUAUUCAUUAUCAUUAAGAGAGCGAAACGGAAAACUAAAAAAGCAAUGUUGGGAGGAAAUUGCUCAAAUUUUUAACGGAAAAUUUAGUACAGAAGAAUUAAAAAUCAGAUUUAAAUCACUUCACGACACAUAUAGAAAAAUUAUUCACUCGGAACAUCAGGCAAGUGGAUCUGCUCGACAAGACAUAACGAAAAAGUGGUCUCAUUAUGCAUCCAUGCAAUACCUUCGUGAUUCCUGCUUGUAUAAAACGACUAUGUCUAACAUUGGAAUUAAUGAAAGGAUACAUAAUCCAUCAAGUGCAAAUGAUGACGAAGAAGAAUUAGAAAGUAUUCAAACAGGUAUUGGAAAAGGUUUUUAUACACUGUUAUUAAAACAUAAGGACACCAAUGAAGACUCAACCGAAAGAAGAAAAAAACCGAGAAAAGAGGAAACUACAAAUGCAAUCGAAAGAAUUGCCGAUGCUAUUUGCCAACCUAAUGAUUUUCUUUUACCUUCACCCCCUAUGCCGGAUGAAAUAGAUUCUUUUUUGUCUACUGUAGGACAUCGUUUAAGACGAAUGUCGCCUCGAGUACAAUUAGAUUUAAUGCAAGAGAUAUUUGACAUUACAUAUAGAGCAUUAAUAAGUAAAAAUGCGUAAAAAAUAUAUAUAACUUUUUUAAACGUGCAAAGUAAGAUAAAAAUAUUUUUGUUUUUGUUUUUUAUUAUAAUUAUUUUAUUUUAAAAUUUAUUAGGCAUAUGUGA